GAACUUGCCAUAGGGAUAACAGUCUGCCCUCUCUCUUUUUCUUUAAAAUUCAUCUCUACAAUUGACAAUUAAAAACAAACUGGAAACCUUCAUUAAUACAAGUAGAGGGUACUUACAGAAAUGUGAAUCUACAUCACUGUCUCCAGAAAAGAAUGUUCAAACUACGUAACCGAUCCAGAAAAAAAGCCCAGUGCCAACAACUAAUGUAGAAAGUCACUUCAUCUAAAGACAAGCAUAUGGGCAAUCUGUAAUAAUAAGGUUGCUGACUUGCUCAUCGAACUGUCUUGUUUUCAUUCAGAAGUUUCGUCACCAUGCUGGGUAACAUCAUCAGUGAGGCCUCUGAUGAAGCUAUGUCGUUCUACUCCGCUUGAAAUUUACACUGUCCGGUCUGUUAUGAUCCUAACAAUGACAAAUAUUAAUGAAAACUCAAGUCUGAAGUAUGAUCAAUGCAACCAACCUGUGAGCUGAAUUGCUCUAGUCCAGACAAUAUUUUGAGUGCGAGCAGCAGCGGACGUAAGAUGAACCCGGAAGAGUGCAGCUAAGGUUCUUCUUUCUUUCUGAGGGUUGGAUGCAGUGCUUCAUCAGUCACUUCCAUGCCCUGGAAGAAAGCGGGAUUUUUCCCCUGUGGCCUGGAAUCAUUACUUUGAAACUAUGGAAGAUGUUAUAAUUACAAAUGGAACAGGCAAAGACUCUUUUCGAAUCUACAAAAGUGGAUCGGAUGGACCUGUUCUUUUGUUAUUGCAUGGUGGAGGCCAUUCAGCACUCUCAUGGGCUGUAUUCACUUCCAUGAUUAUCAGUCGAGUUCACUGUAGGGUUGUGGCAGUAGAUCUACGAAGCCAUGGUGAUACAAAAGCCAGAAACGCUGAUGAUCUUUCAGCAGAAACUAUGUCAAGAGACAUUGGUAUUAUAGUGGAAACGCUGUAUGGUGAAAAUUCUCCCCCUGUUGUUUUGAUUGGCCAUAGUAUGGGUGGAGCGAUAGCCGUUCAUGUUGCAGCAAAGAAUCUGGUGCCAUCUCUUGUGGGCCUUUGUGUGAUUGAUGUAGUGGAAGGCACGGCAAUGGACGCUUUAAACAGCAUGCAAACGUUUUUACGGAGUCGGCCUAAAGUGUUCAACUCUAUUGAAAGUGCCAUAGAAUGGAGUGUGAAAAGUGGUCAGAUACGAAAUCUGGAAUCAGCAAAAGUCUCCAUGGUUGGGCAAGUAAAACUUUGUGAGGAUGAUAUCAACAUUGCAGGGAGCUCCCAUUCUUUUGUGGACACUGCUAUUCAUGAAGAGGAAGAGGAUGAGGCAGAGGAGGAAGAAGGGACAGUGAAGAAGGAGAAAGAACCUGAAUCAAGUAAAAAAUUGAAAGAAAAUAAAACCGAGUACACAUGGCGUGUUGAGCUGUCCAAAACUGAGAAGUACUGGGAGGGAUGGUUUAAAGGGCUAUCCAACCUCUUUCUUGGCUGCCCAAUCCCCAAACUAUUAUUACUAGCAGGUGUUGACAGAUUAGAUCGAGAUCUUACAAUUGGUCAAAUGCAAGGAAAAUUUCAGAUGCAAGUUCUUCCGCAAUGUGGCCAUGCUGUACAUGAAGACGCCCCAGACAAAGUGUCAGAAGCUGUUGCAACAUUCAUGAUUCGUAAUAGGUUUACAGAAGCAAAGGGUGAAAUCCAUAGCAGUUACCCCAACUUUUAGUAGAUCCAACAACCUUCAAACUCAACUUCGACUGUAUAUGCAUCGAGACCACUGAGAUAUAUCCAUGUAUCAUCGUCUGCCUAAUCUGAAUGAUACAGUGAAGCUGGAAUGUCAGAACUCCAUUUGUGCUGUUAAAUCUAUAUUGAUUCAUUGAAACUCCAGUUGUGGGCACUACAGAACGACUGACUGAAAAGUGCAACCUGUUUCUGAUUCAAACAUUAAAACAAUUAAAGGGGA